AGUACCGCUCUGCUGGGCUGGGGGCGGCAGAGGGCGGGGCUGCGGCCUCCAUGGGCCGGGACGGACGGCGCCUGGCGACGGGGAGUUAGAAUCGCAGUGAUGGAGUGACCAGUGUGGCAUAUCAUGGAGGCUUGUGAGGGAGAAGCUAUUUCUGAGAUCCUGCGAUUGAAUGUGGGAGGUUGUUACUUUACAGCCAGACGAAACUCCCUCUGUCGUUUUAAGAACUCAAUGCUUAGUGCUAUGUUUAGUGGACGAUUUCCUUUGAAACUGGAUGAAUCAGGAGCUUGUCUUAUUGAACGGGAUGGAAACCUCUUUAAAUAUCUCUUGGAUUAUCUGCAUGGAGAACUCUGCAUUCCUGACGAAGCAAGAACUCGUGUGGCUUUGCAGGAAGAGGCAGAUUACUUUGGCAUUCCCUUCCCCUGCAGUUUGACCGACUAUUUAUCUAGUGAGAUGGAGAGACAUUGCUCAAAAUCGGAUAUUGAAAUCAAAAAGGCACUAUCGGACAUGUGUGACUCCUAUGGUUUAAUCUGUACACAUCCCAUGGUGUGGAUCUUGCACUAUCUCAAUACUUGUGGUGCCAGCUGUGAAAGCAAAAUCCUGGGUGUAUUUGCAUCAAAGAUCGAAGGGAUUGCAGCCAUUGAAAAACAGCUGGGAUGCAGAAUAAAAAGCAAAAGUAUCUUUAAGAGGGAAGCUGGAAACAAUCUACAAUACAUAUGGAGCUACUACUCAGCUGGUGAGCUGAAGAAAAUGAUGGAUGCGUUUGACUCUUGGGAGGGACGAGGUACUUAUCCUUCAUGUCAACAUAAAACCAUUAAACACUGUGAAGGUGUUAGUUAUUGGAGAGUGCCUCAAGAGCUGAUAGAAUGUUGGACCCUUGAGGGCCGGCCUUUGCAAGGCAACAACGAGACGGUGGCACCAAUUCAGAAACGAUGUCCUGUUGAUGCCAAUAAAACAGAAAUGGAAACACCCAAAAAAAACCACAAACCUGUGGAGUUCUCUGGCCCAUCCACCAGCACCCAGAUUAAAGUGAAGAAUUCCGGAUCAGUCAAACUAUCGACUCCAGCUGCAACUUCUAAGACUGUAUUCAACUCCACAGUUCAUCUCAAAACCGUAGCGGUAAAGAGAGCAAGUACUGGGGAGUUUGUAAACCACAGGACAGCAUCUUCUAGUGACAGUGGGUGUUCUGGAUCAGGUGCCCAGAAAUCUGUCAAAUUUCAAAAUGCUGAAAGUGCGGUAGAACCUGGUUGUAAAGAAGCAGGCAAACUGCCAGAGAAGAAGUUGAUGGUGAAUCGAGUGAUCAAGUUGAAAAGAAAACUGCCUUCUGCAACACUUGUAACACCGGUGGAUCCAUUUAAGAGUAAUGAUAAUGUGAAUAUAGGUAUAGAUCCAUGUGCUUCAGAAACCCCUCACACCUCCAUUACACUGAACUCAAUGGAUGACUAUCUAGAGGAUGUAUGUGAAAGUGGCAGGAAAGAGGAAGAGAAUGGUUAAAUAGCUGAGGUUUGAAAGAGAGGAGAGGAUGGAUCCGUUAGUUGGUUAGUUAAGACUCUGCAUUUGAAACCCGCUGAUGCUUAGCAUAAUUUCCAAAGAGAUUUUACUGCUAGAUCAGAAUUCUAGUCACUUAGCUAGAAGUGGAAAGUUUGUCCUUUCAGUGAUAGUUCAACGGGUUUAUACAGGCCUUAACACUUGACCAAAGAGAAAACGGAUUUGAUAUCUGAUCCGUGCUUCGUGGCCUCCUCCUGUUUGGAUAACAUUAUAGGUGCUAUUGAAUGCUUUUAGUGGAUGGAUGGGAAGUCUUUGCCAAGUCUUUCAGCCCAGAUCGUUAUCCACCAAUUCUUUUGAAGCCGUGUGCAUGUGUAUGGUGGACACAAGGACUAGACUUGUUUAUGGUUUCUCCAUCUCCCACAUCUGUGCUGAUGUAACCUACCAAGUACUCUUCAGCAAUGACGAGCUGUAGGUGAGAAGGAACUGAAGGAUCUUUGAACUGGUUAUUAAUUAUACCUCAACUCAUCCUGCCUCUUGUGUCUCCACUACAUGAAAAUGCAAAUAGGAUAUUUUAGCAUACAUUCGAUAACAUCUUCUAAAAUAUUCCACAUUUAAUUUGGUUGAAUGCUGCAUAAUAUCUAAUUGGGCAUAUCUUAAGGCUAACAGUCUCAAGGCAUGUAACAGAGUGCAUCUUGUGAGAGCAUCCAUACAUUGUGAAAAAAAAGCAGAAAUUAAAUUAUCCUUGGAGAACAGUGCGUACGAUAAAAUAGUAACGAUGAUAAAUAGUAAUGCCAUUAUUAUACUGCAAAAAUAGGGGGAAAUUUGAUUGACAAAUUGCAGCUUCUGUAAACGGUACCUAUCUUCAUUUCCUGGUCUAGUGGAAGCAUUUUGCCAUUAUUAGCACAAUAUUUUUUAAUGAAUUUUGUGUUUGUGCACCUGUGUGUGAAAGAGACAACAAAUAUGUUAGACAAAAAAAACUUUUUUGAACAAUAGAGUUAGCUUAAAACAAAGUUGUGUUUUUUUGCGUGUGAGAAGGUAGCUACAGAGCCUGGUCAUGAUGCAAAGACCACACUUUGUUCAGUUAUUCCUUGUGUUUGGCUUGCAGAGUUUCAUGUUCCUGCUCAUGUCUGGCAUAUAUUUUGGUUGUGUGCGUGCGUGUGUGUGUGUGUGUGUGUGUUUGGUAGCUUUUCAAGAAAUCUGAUUGGGUUUCUGCUCUUAGGAUGACUUAGUUUGUUAGUUUUAUGGGGGGGGGGGGAUCUAAUUUUCCGACUGGCCAAUGAUAGCAUUAACAGUUUAUUUUGAAAUCAAGGCCCUAUAUGUAGGAGUUAUGCCUGGAACAGAAGAUUUGUACGAUUAGACAAGUGAACUGUUGGUGCUCAGAAGCCUGUGUUUUCAAUGCAUUCAGGCAUAAAGCAGCAGAACCUCCUUGAUGAGCAAUAUUCAAUGCUCCAUGUAAAGGUUCAAGGGUGGUUACACUGUGGGAAUCACUGAACCCGUUUGUAUCAAGUGUGCAUGGGAAUUUAAUUGAUAUACUUGAAGUACAUGGUUUAGUGGAAAACUUUUGGCUACAGUUUUAUAUUUAAAAUUUGAAUGCUCCAUAUUGUAUAGAUGAAUUGUUUGUUUUACUAGAAAAUAAAAUAUGAUUCUGCUUGUU